AUGAAUUCGAAGGAUAACUUGGGACCAGUUACAAUUCCCAAUGUUGUAAAAUUUGCGUUUGGCGGAGCUGCAGGGAUGGGUGCCACCUUGUUAGUGCAACCUUUGGAUUUGUUAAAAAAUCGCAUGCAGCUUAGUGGAUUAACCGGUAAAAAAGAGUCAAGUUUACACGUCCUAAGGAGUGUUAUAACAAAUGAGGGCUUUUUCGCAAUCUAUAGUGGCCUUUCGGCUGGUCUUUUACGUCAGGCUACUUAUACAACAACUCGUCUCGGCAUCUAUACUUGGCUCUUCGAGAAAUUUAGGAAAGACGGAGCAACAACUAGUUUUGCAACAAAGGCUGUUAUUGGUUUAACUGCUGGGGCUGCUGGAUCAUUUGUCGGUACCCCCGCAGAAGUAGCUCUUGUUCGAAUGUGCACUGAUGGACGGCUUCCGCGCGAACAACAGCGACGAUAUAAAAAUGUCUUGGAUGCGUUGGUGCGUGUUGUCCGGGAAGAAGGAGUUUCCACGCUGUGGAGGGGAUGUAAGCCAACUAUUCUUCGAGCAAUGACAGUAAAUGCAGCACAAUUAGGUACCUACUCGCAAAGUAAGGAAGCAUUACUGUCAACUAAAUUCUUCGAGGAAGGUAUGAUGUUGCAACUCAUGGCCUCAAUGAUAAGCGGUCUUGCAACAACUAUAGCUUCAAUGCCGAUCGAUAUUGUUAAAACAAGAAUACAGAAUAUGCGUGUGAUAGAUGGAAAGCCAGAAUAUAGUGGUAUGCUGAAUGUAUGGUCCAAAGUCAUACGUAAUGAGGGAUUUUUCUCGUUGUGGAAAGGUUUUACACCUUAUUAUUUUCGUAUGGGACCGCAUACUAUGCUGACAUUUGUCAUACUCGAGCAACUCAAUGCAGCCUACUUUAAGCAUAUUUUAGGUAUCAAGCAAACCCGAAGUACUCUUUAA